AUGGCUGCUCCGAUUGCUGCAGACAGGGACACAGACGCCGCGCUGCUGCUGCUGACCCAAGAAUCCAUGCUGCUGCACGAACAGCAACAGCAACAACAGAUGCAGCAGCGCCACCAGCUCCUUCAGCAGCAGCAGCUGCAACAGCAGCAGCAGCUGCAGUUAGUGCUGCGGCAGCAGCGGCAGCAGCAACAGCAGCUGCAGCAGCAACAACAGCUACAGCAACAACAGCAGCUGCAGCAGCAACAGCAGCUGCAGCAACAACAACAGCUGCAGCAGCAACAGCAGCUGCAGCAACAGCAGCGACUCCAGCAGCAGCAGCGGAUGCAGCUGAAGCAGCAGCAGAACCCGACAGGCACCGACUCCGAGGUGACAAACUCUUCAACUUCUGUUCAUGAAGCAUCGCAUGCAAAUGAAGCAGAAGCAGAAGCUCCUCCUGCUGCUCCCAGAACUCCAAGGCACUCAGCAGCAGCCACUUCCCCGGCCUGUCUGCUUCGCCCGCAGUUCGUAAAGACCAAAAUGUGCCCCUACCUGCAGCGGGGACUCUCUUGUUCCCGGGGAAGCCGCUGCCUCUUUGCCCACGACCGAGAGGACUUGAGGCCUUUGCCGGAUUUGCGCCAAACGCGAAUGUGCCCUCAAAAGAAGCUCCACGGCGAGUGUACAGACCCUGCCUGCGCCUACGCGCAUGCAAUUGAGGAGCUCAAACACACUUUGCCUCUUUACAAAACGAAUUUGUGUCAUGGAUGGAAAAAAGGAAGAUGCACUGCAGGAGAUGGCUGCCGCCACGCGCACGGAAUAGAGGAAUUGAGGCAGCACCGGAACUUUAGGAGGAAGCGCAGGGGCCCCACGGAAACUGCUGCUGCUGCUGCUGCUGCAGCUGCUGCCGGGGCAGCAGCGUCAACUGGGACGGAAACGGCUGCUGCCACGGGAGCCUCGCUGGCCCCGCAGGCUGUUGCGCACACGCCUGCUGCUGACGAAGGUGCUGCAGCAGCAGCUGCUGCAGGGUCCGAAGCAGCAGCAACAGUGUCUCGUUUGUCUUUGGACUCGAAGGCAGCUUCCUCUGCAGCAGCAGCAAACUGCACAUUCUUCCACCCGCUAAUGCGCGGCGCAGCAUCAGCGGACGACGCGGACAAAGCCCCAGAGCAGCAGCAGCAGCAGCAGCAGCAAGGCUUCGACAGUCUACUGCUGCCGGAGUACGGGGGCAGCACAGAUCCUCUGUGUCAGCUGCCGCUGCCCCCAGUUCCUGCUUCUCUAAUUGCCCACAGGAGCUUCAGCUUUCCCAAAAGCUUCGAUGACAUUGUUAGCAAACAAACAGCAAAAGGGAUGCAGCAAGCAGCACUGAAUUUGGCUGGCCUAAGGGCUGUGCGACACAAGCAGCCGGCGCAGAAGCAGCACCUGCUGCAGCCGCAGCUGCAGCUGCAGCAGCAGCUGCAGCAGCAGUUGCAGCAGCAGCUCCAGCAGCAGCUGCAGCAGCAGUUGCAGCAGCAGCAAAACACUUUGGACUGGCCGACGGAGCUCCGCAGGUCGCUCGAACUGCAGCAGCAGCAACUGCAGCAGCAACUGCAGCAGCAGCACCAACAGCUUUUGCAGCCAUCUUUUCAGCAGCAGGGACUGCUCCAGCAGCAGCAGCAGGAACAAGACCAGUUUUUCAGUGAAUGGACAAGCGAUCUGCUGAAGGCUUUAGACCUUAAGGAGCUGCAGCGGCAGCAGCAACAUUGCGGCCAUCAACAAGUGCAGCAGCAGCAGCAGAAGCAGCAGCAAGAACUUGGAGUUUUCACGAACUACCGUCUUUCGGGGCAGGCCCGCGAGCAGCCAGCCGAGGAGGCAGGGGUUGUUCCAUUAAGUUUACUGCAGCCCCCAGCUGCAGCAGCGGCAGCUGGUGCUGCUGCUGCUGCUGCGAACGGGGAUGUAGGCAAUUUUCUUAGAGAGAGCAUUUUUGAGUCACCGGAAGGGAAAGCGCUGCAGCUGCAGCAGCAGCUGAUGCUGCAGCCGUGGGACAGCAGCAGCCCGCGCAUGCACAGACAAGACCUGCAGCAGCUGCAGCGACAGACACAGCAGCAACAGCAGCAACAGCGGCAGCUGCAGACUCUAGAAGAGCCUUUCCGGAAGCACGCGGCGCUGCAAAGGCUGCUGCAUCUUUUCUUGUCGCAGCACGACGUCUCCACUCCAGCAGCGAGUCCCACAGCAGCAGGAAGCAGCAACAACAAACCCUGCAGCAGCAGCAAACCGCUAACAAGCAGCAGCUGCGCCAGCAGCAGCAAAAGCGGCAAUGCCAUAUUCCCCCCCUUGUACCCGCCUGCAGCCUCAGAAGCACAAGCAGCAGCAGCAACAGCAGCAACAGCAGCAGCUGCUGCUGCAGCAGCAGGGGACGGAAAUGUUUUGUGCCAAGACAACUCCGCUGGAGACAGUCAAUGA